GAGGAGCGCCGCGUGAUCUCCGGGACCUCUGACAAAGGCAAACUUGUGAUUGGCGCGAUUAGGAAUUCUCGGCAUGGGUCCGUCCCCACAGCUUUUAUGGCCUGAGGCAGCUAUCAGCGGAGAAGCUCACGUUAAGCUGCGUUUCCCGACAUCAUUUUCGGAGAAGUCAUCAGAACCGGAGAACACAUCGUUUAGGGAGACGACUUCAGAACUGAAAUCAAGGGGACUGGCACCUGUCUCUCAUGACAUAUGCAGUAAUGAGCCAGCCUAGAUUACUACGAGCUGCAGCGAGGGGCUUAAUCCGUUACCCGGCAGUGUCGCCGAUUAGAAUCUCCUCUUCACGAUCAGGUUUGGCACUUCACAAUGCCGUCGCCAUCAAAGCAAUCGGUCAUGGUCCGCAGCCUCGGCUCAUGAGCGCAUCGGCAGCUUCAUCUGGCAAUGAGGUCGAGAAGGAAGACAAAGAAUCGGGCUUGUACUCCGAAGCGCAUCAUGAACACGCCGUAAUCUCGACUUUCGACUUGUUCUCUAUCGGCAUCGGCCCUUCGUCCUCCCAUACCGUGGGACCCAUGCGUGCCGGUAAUAUCUUCAUUUCAGAUCUUCUGAAAGCCGAUAUAUUACAACGAGUUAGCAAGAUAAAGGUGUCAAUUUACGGCAGCCUGGCUCUUACCGGGGAAGGCCACAUGACGCCAUCGGCCUUGCUACUGGGACUUGAGAGCGCUGACGUCGAGACGGUCGACACAGCCUAUGUGCCUGCGCGCUUCGAGCGCAUCAAGGCCGAGAAGAAGCUCCAUCUAGGUCACGGGCUGCCAGGCACAGAUCAAGGCAAGGAGAUUGCUUUCGAUUACAAUGUCGACUUCAAAUGGGAAUGGGCGAAGAAGCUACCAAUGCACAGUAACGGCAUGCGGCUUAUGGUGUUUGAUGAAAGCGGUGACAUGCUUGCCUAUAACGACCUGUUCAGCGUCGGCGGCGGCUUCGUGGUGAACGGCGCCUUGUCAACGGCAACCACUGCGGCCAAGCAACCGGAUCAGGGGAAGCUCCAGCCGAGCACCGUAGGCCUUCAGACGGAGGCCCAGGGAGCGCAUCCAGCUGAUUUGACCGAGAAUGUGUUCUACAAGGAGAUCCAUCGCGAGGAAGCAGUUGGUGAUCGCAGAAGCGGCCCGGAGGUCAACGAUGCAGGCGCCAUCCCUCAAAGCUCAACUGGGCUGGCUGAGAUCAAGCAGAAAAACGAAGCGGUUGCUAAAACUGGAGACGAAAAUGGCGAAGAACGUGCAUCCGCAGCGGCGAAGCCGACUUAUCCUUUCCAUAACGGUCGCAGUUUACUGAAUCUAUGCAAACAUCACAACUUGACGAUUGCGCAGCUGGUGUACGAGAACGAGAAAAGCCUUGGGUAUACGGAUGAGGAGAUCAUGACGAAGCUGCUCCGCAUCUGGGAUGUCAUGGACAAUAGCAUCCUCGAGGCUGUAAUGGCCCCACCGGGCUCUACCCUGCCCGGGUCGCUUAAGUUGCACCGACGAGCACCGGCGCUGUAUCGUCGACUAGCCCGUGGCCUCUAUGCGUCUCAUACCCAGCCUGUCAAAGAUGUGGAGACACAGCAGAUACAGGCACGGGAGCGAAAGCAGGGACAAAUCUCCUCUUCAACCGAGGGCAGCUCGGAGGCCCUUGAACCAACCUUGACUUCUACCUCAGCCGCGACAUCAUUUGGUCAGCGACCCAAAGGCAAACGAGGUCUACCGCACGUUCACGGCUCAUUCUACCACCCGAUAAUGCCUUCCCCUCAGCGUCGCGUCGCUCUCCCUGCCAUGGAUUACCUUAACGUCUACGCGAUGGCCGUCAACGAGACCAACGCGGCAGGUGGCCGCAUCGUUACAGCCCCAACCAAUGGCGCAGCAGGAAUUAUACCCGCAGUACUCAAGUAUAUCGUCGAGUUCAUUAGCGACGAUCCGGAUCAUGACGUCCCCGUCUUUCUGCUUACUGCAGCAGCUAUCGGCAUGCUGUACAAACGUGGUGCCACCAUCUCCGCCGCUGAGGGUGGCUGCAUGGCAGAGGUCGGCGUGGCUUGCUCCAUGGCUGCAGGAGCCUUUGCUGCUUGCAUGGGCGCGAGUCCCGAAGUCAUAGAGCAAGCGGCGGAGAUUGGGAUCGAGCAUAAUCUGGGGCUCACCUGCGACCCGAUUGGUGGGCUUGUACAGGCCCCGUGUAUAGAGCGUAACGCCCUGGGUGCAAUCAAAGCGGUAUCGAGCGCAAACCUGGCUUUGAGUGGAGAUGUUGGCACGCAGAAAGUCAGCCUGGACAACGCCAUACGUGCGAUGCGGCUGACGGCUCGAGGUAUGAGGAACGAGUUCAAAGAGACGUCGCUAAGCGGGCUUGCAACCAGUGUACCGCUAAACAUCCCCGUCAGUGUGCCUGACUGUUGAGGUUGCUCAAACAGUUUUAGUAAUUAGAUAGUACUGUUGUUUCCUUACCCAUGGAGCCUCUUGCUUGGCGUCCCUUAUCUUCUGGUAAAAAAUAAUUCGACAUACAACUGAGCGUUCUUCAGUUUUUCAGGGUUUCUUAAGCUGCUUCAUCAAUGUUCUUUUGCUAGAUAAUUGCGAGUCUGGUAUAGAAUGGAUAGGGCUUGGAAUAGUGUAAGGGAUUUGUUAGGGUUCCGUGGGUCGC